AUGAAGUUGAAGGAGGGUGAUCCAGAGACUUUGACAUUAUUGGAUGACAUUGCCAGGUGCAUGCUACUCUCCUGUGCUGCCAUCAUCCAGCAGUACUCCAAGGGCAGUGCCUUUCAGCAUGUCCCCAACUGGACCUCUGUGUCUAACAAUGACCCAAGGAUCAAGAGCCACCCCCGAUUUGACAAGACCAUGGGCUACAGCAGUUCCGCUGCAGCUGAGGCUUCUACCUGCUUUGAACCCCCGCAUGCACCUAUGUCUAUCCACCUGUCCACAAAUGACACAUUCACACUGCUGCCCACGGUCUUGGCUCUCUUGCUGAUCUGGCUCCGAUCACCUCACCGGACACUCAAUCCAGGCCAGUAUCUCCCCCACCACAUACCUCCUGCUGCUCCCGUCAAACACAGUCUCUUUGUGGCUGGCAUGAAGAAGAAACCUGCAAAGGUCACGCCACAGGUUGGCAAUAGUAAGAAGAGAAAAGUGGCAGAGGAGGAUGCUAACGAGGCAGUUAUGACUGAUGCACCCGAGUUGCCCUCCCGGUCCUCGAAACCGAGGCAAAAAAGGAAGAAGAAAUUCCUAUCAGAUAAAGACCAAGACCAAGCUCCCACCAGAACAGUAUAUGUGAUCCCAAAGCUUCAUACAUUGCUUUAUAAGUGA